AUGAAAAUUAAUGAUUUUUAUUAAUAUUCGAUAUUAGUUUUUCAAUAUGAGUAGAAAUUUACUCUUUUAUACCUUAAUUACCGAUUUCUAUAAGAAUUAUUCAAUUAAAUGAGAGUUUCAAAAAUUGAUAAUGACUCAUUUAAUCUAAAAUAUUAUGGGAUUAGCUACUUCUGA